CGCUGGGAGGAGAAGCCGGGCUCCCAGAAGCAUUCCCUUUCCUCCUUGCUCGCCUCACUCGCUCAGGAGUCCCCUCCCUGCCCGUGGGGCUUCCUCACCGGCCAGAGGCGUGCCCGCCUUGCCGCCCUCGGCUUCAGAGACCCGGCUGGGGCUGCCGUGCAGCUGCAGCGCCUCCUUGCUUCUGGAGCGCGGGGGCAGAGUCGGCCACGGCGGAGCGGGAAGGCUGUUCCCGCGGCUGCUGCUGCUGCUUCCCAGUCGAGCUCCAAGGUGGCCGGCCAGUCGCCUGCAUGGCGUCAAGGGGCAGGGGGGGGGCUCACGUGACUGGACCCCCCAGGCCCUCCCUGCCCCCUAGACGGUUAGCGUGGUGGCAGGGAGAAGGGGGGUUGGUGGUCUUGCUAAGCCUCCUUCUCUGUGGGCAGGACAGGGAGGAGGAGCAUUCCGUCAGGUGAGGCCCCCCACCUGCACUCUGGUGAAGUUGCUCCGGGCGCCACAGGCUAAUUGCCAUCUCCAGAAGAGGCUGUCGGACCAAGCUAGACGUGAUAGCACUUGUGGGAUGUGUCUGCUGCCCACAUCCCCACUUUAGCAUACGAAGCGAGUGAUCUGAUUUUUAACAUGGAAAAGGGCAUGCAGGUGAGAGGGAGGUCAACCUUUCCCUCCCUUUCCUGCAUACUGUCUGGCGCCCAAAUGCUUGCCUGUUCCCCAACUGAGCUCUGAUUGCAGAGGCAAGCUGGGCUGGGGUAAUGAUGUGAGAGGAAGGAAAGUUCGCCUCCUCUCACUUGCACCCCAUAUACAAACUCGAAGAUGUUGCCCCUCACCUUCCUACUUGAAGGAAGCUGAUUGUAAUUAAACCAGUGUUGUUGCUCCCGUCAACUCACUUUAGCCUGUUGAAGGUGUUCACAAAAGACUGAGCUUAAGUAUACUUGAAAUGACAGACCCAGAAGUUCUCAAGGAAGUCCCAGCUGCUCUGAAGCGUCUUGCCAAGUACGUGGUACGUGGCUUCUAUGGUACAGAACAUGCUUUGGCCCUGGAUAUUCUGAUUCGCAACCCAUGUGUAAAAGAGGAGGACAUGUUGGAGUUGCUGAAGUUUGAUCGGAAGCAGCUGCGAGCUGUUCUGAAUACUCUUAAAGGAGACAAGUUCAUCAAAUGCAGGAUGAGAGUAGAAACAGCCCCAGAUGGCAAGACUACCCGGCACAACUUCUAUUUCAUCAAUUACCGCCUACUGGUCAAUGUGGUGAAGUAUAAGUUAGAUCAUAUGAGGAGGAGAAUUGAGACAGAUGAAAGAGACUCCACCAACCGGGCGUCUUUCAGAUGCCCCAUUUGCUUCAGCACCUUCACAGACUUGGAGGCAAAUCAGUUGUUUGAUGCUAUGACAGGAAUUUUUCGAUGUACCUUUUGUGAGACUGAAGUAGAGGAAGAUGAGUCAGCAAUGCCCAAAAAGGAUGCACGGACGCUUGUGGCACGGUUUAAUGAACAGAUAGAGCCUAUCUACGAGUUGCUCCGUGAGACUGAGGAUGUUAACCUAGCCUAUGAAUUACUUGAACCUGAGCCUAUGGAGAUCCUUGCACUGAAGCAAAGCAAGGAACGGGCCGCUGGUGCUGUGGGGACUGGCAGUCUACAAAGUGGGCAGCACAGGGAAGCCUGGGCUACAAAGGGACCCUCUUAUGAAGACUUGUAUACCCAGAAUGUUAUCAUCAACAUGGAGGACCAGGAGGAUCUGCAUCAGGCAGCAAGCGAAGGGAAGCCACCCAGAGAGAGGCCAGUUUGGCUACGGGAGAGCACAGUGCAGGGAGCCUAUGACCCUGAUGAGGCCAGAGAAGGUGAUCAAGGCAUGGGUGUAUUCCAGGAAGGAGAAGAGGGUCAGGCUUCUCUAGACAAUAACGAGGAGGUGAUGCGUGCUCUGUUGAUCCACGAAAAGAAAACCCCCUCUGCCUCUGUAGCUGCUGUUGGUGGGGCUGCUCCAUUAUCUAGCACCAAUGCCAGUGACUCUGAGAGCGAGACCAGUGAAUCGGAUGAGGAGACCCCUCCCCGGGUGGCUACUGCCACAACAACACUUUAUGGGUUGACAGAAGAUGAUGACGAUGAUGAAUUUGAGGUGGUUACGGAGGACCCCACUGUUAUGGUUGCCGGACACCCAUUUUCUUACAGUCAAGUGAACCAGCGGCCUGAGCUGGUGGCCCAAAUGACUCCUGAGGAGAAAGAGCUGUAUAUAACUAUGGGUCAGCGGAUGUUUGAAGACAUGUUUGAUUAGUUUCCUUCUUGCCUGGGGAGUAUUUAUAGAUGACAUCUGCAACUGGAAAUCCUGCAAUGAAGCAAAGACUGAAUUAUAUCUUCCCCUUGUCAGUUAAUUUAGUCAUCCUUUAGAUCCACUCAGAGAACCUCAUGUAGCUGUCAAAUAUCAGAAAAUGGGGCCGGCCAAAGGUAUUGUAUGAGUAUGGGAGAAGAGUGUCAGGACAGUCCAGUUACACACAUUCAUAUACUCACAUUCACACAGCUGUUUUAAUCUACAAGUUUCCAGAUCCCAUUGAUUGUUGAACUUAAUUUUGCUUAACCUUGGAAAUCUGAAUGCUGUUUGGGUACUUAUUUUUUCUGUCUCAAGAGGGGGUUGUAGAAAGCAUUGUCUCAAGUGCCCUUGAUCCUGAAUGUGACUGAUAAUAAUAUCAGUCUGAAAAUAAUACCUGCAGUCGAUUUUGCUUCAGAACUGCAUCAGCUUGUUGUAGCUGCAGAUUUCUGCACAAGCAGGGUAUACAGGGAUUUUUAUUUCUGAGAACCAGAAAUGCAGGAAUCCUAUGUUAUCCUCAUUUACACUUCUCAUAUAGAUCCAGUUUCUAAAAGAGAGUGUAACCACAGAAAGUGUACAUAUAAUCAUGUUGCCCAAUGGGUAUUUAGUCACUGCAGUGUUUGAAAACAGUUUCUUUGAGAGGGGGGGGGGGAAUUGGGGACAGGUAGACAGUUUAGUUAUUGAGGCAGGUGCCCCUUAGAACAUCCACCCCCGGAGUCCCAGUAGAGAGAUAUUCUUUUUUAAAAAACUUUUUAACACUUCUUUUACAAGUCAGCGACUGUUUCUUUGCUUACAUGAGGAAAUUCCUGUCCUCCCAUGUAAUCACUUUACUGUGUUGCUGCAAUUUUCAUUUGAGGGGACUUGACUUGAAAAUGUAGUGUGAGUUUAGUUCUCUCACAUCUCCUCCAGAGAUGUUGAGUUCUUAUGCUUCCUAUUGGAAUUUAUUGAUGAAAAGCAUGUUGGAAUCAAGCCUCAUUUGGUCCCAGAAUGACUGAACCAAAACACUGGAACUGGUUUAUUUCCAUGCUGCGUCAUGUUGAAUGAGCAGAACUGUUGGUCCCCCUGACUGGCCUUCUGCGAGAGUAUGAGGACAGCCUUUCCCUAUUCCUGAACUCUGUCCAAGCAGCAUGCAUUUGCUGUGAGUGAGGAUUGUCAUCCGAGCAGCUUUGUGGAUUUUUAUUUCUUUUAAGACUAACUCAAAAGUCGUUACUAUUUUUAAGAAGAGUAUGCCAAAUUUUGUUGGAUUCUAGUAUUUAGCAUGGUACAGUCUAUUUCCAGCAGUGCCUACCUGAUCAAAUUCAAUUUUUUUUAAUGUUUUAUCUUUUUUAACAUUUACAACUUUUAAAAUCAUUGUGCUUUUCUUAGUUAGCCUCACAGUAGAGCAGAGUGAUAGAAUUGUGUGUUCCAAAGCUGGAAUUUACUGGGAUGGUACAUCUUUCACACAUGCUCUUUUAAUUUACUGGGAUGGUACAAGUUGCCAGGCCUUUAAAUUGUAAAGUUGUUGUAUACUGACCAUGUACUCUUUGCUGUGUUUGUGAGGUUUCAUUUGUGAAUUUAUUUCCAGAGACUUAGUAAACAGUUGAUUUUCUGUCAACUAGAGGUGUGUCUAAAUUUGUUACUUCCAUAUUCAAAUAAAAACUAGUGAAUAACAUA